CGUUUACAUGUCGAGCAACGAGUGGAGCUGCAGGUGUGUGUCGCAUACGAAGGAAAACCUUUCAAAGCCUUCCAUUUGGGAUGAAACCUGGCCCUUCUUCUUCGUCCUUUGUUUCUACUGCCGUAUAAACCCUAGAGAUAGAGAGAGGAACGGAUGGCUUCUCCUCUGUAAACCCUAGAUCACUUCUUCACCCUCUCUUUUUCCAUCAGGCAGCUGGGGAUCCAUUGCCAAAGAAGCCAUGCCUCUCAACUCAUCGGCCAAGACGUCGGAAAAAGCGUGUUCACCAAGUAAUGCUUCAGCUGCUAGUAAUAUCAACAUCGGUGCAACCACAGAUGAUGCACUGCACUAUUUGCAGCUUGUGAAGGAUACCUUCUAUGAUGAACCUGCUAAAUACGAAACAUUCCUUGACAUAAUGAAGGAAUUUAGAAGCCACAGGAUAAACACUGCUGCUGUGGUAGCAAGGAUCAAACAUUUAUUUUCUGGCCAACCGGACUUAAUUCACGGUUUUAACUACUUCUUGCCCACAGAACAUCAAAUCCCUGUCCAUGCUGAGGAGGAAGUUGCGCACCAUGCGGACUCGGUGAAUUAGGUGACAUCUAACUAUAGUAUGUGCUUCUUACUAUAAUGAUGACAAAUCCUCAUGAUGCUUCAUUGAGCUUGUUAGACUUGAUAAAACUGCAAACCUGAUGCUAGAGAAGGAUGCGACUGUUCUCUCGUUCCUGACUAUAAUGUGCUUUAAUGUUGACAAUUUGGGCAAAAGACUUUGUACCUUUCACCUUUGGUUAUCUUUUGCUAUAAUAAAGGACUCUUCAUACUUUGAAAU